AUGAAUAAUAGAAGAAAAUUGAAGAAAGGGAGAGCGAAUCAGCCGAGUAGGAAGAUAACGAGGUCUAUUCUCCCAAACGAAGUCGAAGAAAAUAUCCUGUCAAGGCUACCUGUGAAAUCCCUGAUGCGCUUCAGGUGCGUAUGCAAGCAUUGGUGCAAUCUAGUUACCAAACCACAUUUCAUUAAAAUGCAACUCCAUCAAUCAACCCAAAUCAAAGAAGUCUCCAAACUAGUGUUUCCUUAUGCUGGUAGACUCUACUCUACAAAUGUUGGGUCAUGUGGAAAGCAGUACAUCAAAACCAGAGGACAACUAAAAAAUCAUAUGCAGAAACAACUUGUUUUACCGUUUAGAGAUGGCAACUGUGACAUGUUCUUGAAGAUUAUAGGUUCUUGUAAUGGAUUACUCUGUUUAUCUGCUUUUGAUAGCUUGUAUUUGUUGAACCCAGUCACCAAGGAAUACAAGAGGCUGCCUUACCCAGAAAUCCUUACUGGGAGAUCAUCUUCUUCUUCUACCAUCUUAACUAUUUUUGGGUUCGGUUACAGUCCUAGAACCGAUGAAUACAAGGUGAUGAUGAUUACAUACUUCAUGAUAGAACAACCUGUUCAUUCCGCUGUCUUUGUGUACACGCUUGGUAUUAAUUCUUAUUGGAGAUUAAUUAAGGGCACCUCGCACAAGAUUAAUUACCCAUAUCAUCAUGGACUGGUCAAUGGAGCUCUUCAUUGGAUGACAAGUGGCAUACCAGAUUCCUCAAAGGUAGUACCCAUUUCAUUUGAUUUUGGGGAUGAGAAGUUCAGGGAGCUGUUUCUACCUAAAAGCUUCAGCCAAGAUGAUACCAAUCACCCCAUGGGAUUGGGGGAAUUGAGUGGUUUUCUUUCUCUGUAUCAUUGCAAGGCUGAUGAGAAUUUUGACAUUUGGGUCAUGAAGGUUUAUGGUGAUGAACAAUCAUGGACUAAAGUAUUUUCAGUUGCACAGCCAAUAUCGUCUGGGAUUCAGGGAUUGUUUAAACCUUUAUGCAUUCUGAAGAAAGAUGUUGUAUUGGGCGAAAGUGAUAUUGGUAUUUUCAUACUUGAUGUAGUGAAGAAUGAAUGUCGCCAGCUUCAUCUUAGGUAUCCACCAUAUGCUUUUGGUACAGAAAUGUAUUUGGAGAGCCUUGUUUCACUCGGGACUGAUGGUGGAGUUGAUGUUAGCAACAAACAUGGGAGAAAAGAAAAGGAAGGAGGAAGAUUGGCAGAGGAAGCAAAAAGUGAUUAGCUUGUGAAAAGGAACAGAAACAAGAGGUAGAGCCUUCUAAAAAUUU